GGGCAAACCAGUAUACGGCGACCGCGACAGCUCGCGGAACUGAACAUCCCCACUCGACCCUAAACCGAAUCGAAUCGGCGACACCCCUAAUCCUCCCAAACCCCGGCGGCGAUCGCCGGCGAGAUGAACAAGCGGCCCCGCGACGAGCCCUCCUCCUCCCUCGCCUCCGCCCCCAAGCGCCAGUUCGGCGCAGGCGGCGGCGGCGGCGGAUACGGGGGGCAGCAAGGGUACUCGGAGGAGCGGAGCAGCGCGCGGCGGGUGGCGGACCACUACAGCGCGAGGUCGAACCAGACGCUCGAGGAGCGCGAGAACAGCCCCAUCAUACACCUCAAGAAACUCAAUAACUGGAUAAAGAGCGUCCUGGUCCAGCUGUAUGCGCGCCCAGGUGACUGCGUUCUUGAUCUUGCUUGUGGCAAGGGAGGUGAUUUGAUAAAGUGGGAUAAAGCCAAGGUUGGCUAUUAUGUUGGGGUCGAUAUUGCAGAAGGCUCGAUAAGAGAUUGCAUGACCCGUUAUAACGGUGACACCGAUCAACAGCGCAGGAAGAAGUUCAGUUUUCCUGCACGGCUUAUUUGUGCUGAUUGUUAUGAGACUCGGCUGGAUGAAUAUUUAUCCAAGGAUGCCCCAUUCGACAUAUGCAGUUGCCAGUUUGCGAUGCAUUACUCUUGGUCUACUGAAGCGCGUGCCAGACAAGCUCUCGCUAAUAUAUCAGCAUUGCUUCGUCCUGGAGGCACUUUCAUAGGGACAAUGCCUGACGCUAAUGUCAUUAUUAAAAGGCUAAGAGAAACUGACGGGAUGGAGUUUGGAAAUAGUGUUUACUGGAUUACUUUUGGUGAAGAAUACACCGAAAAGAAAUUUCCUGCAUCUAGACCUUUUGGUAUCAAGUACAAGUUUCAUUUAGAGGAUGCAGUUGACUGCCCAGAAUGGGUUGUUCCAUUCCAUCUCUUCAAAUUGCUGGCAGAGGAGUACGAUCUAGAGCUGGUUCUAAUGAAGAACUUCCACGAAUUUGUGAAUGAGUACUUGCAAAAGCCAGAGUUUGCUGAUCUCAUGCGGAGACUGGGUGCUCUUGGUGAUGGACGACCGGGCCAAAGUACACUAUCACAGGAUGAGUGGGAGGUAUCCUAUCUAUACCUCGCGUUUGUUUUGCGGAAGCGAGGCCCUCCACCGUCCCAACGGAGGUCCAACAAUGUUAACAGAGGGAAGACAUUCCUUGCCGAGGAUGACAUAGAGUUUCUCGGGAUAUAAAGCAGAAUUGGCCCUGUUGGAGCUUAUACUAACAACUUACCCGAUUCUAUGUUUCACACUGCGUAGAAGAAAGUUGUUACCUUUAGUGGCUCACCUGUUGUUUCUCCAAACCGUACCUGUUGUAUAACUUCGCCAAGUUACAUGUACAAACAACACAACAUGGACUCAACACUCAUGAUGUAAUUUUGCAGGGAUGAAUAAGUAAUAGGUGUCAUGAUUCACGUUAAUGUUUUGAAGUUUCAUACCACACUCUGGAAAAUUUUGUUCUUGGGAUAUUAAAGUUUUAUACUGCA